AUGAAGUGCUCAACCAUUCUUAUCCUUCUCUGCCAUGCGUGGAUGACGCUUGGCCUUCCGCUACAGUCUACCCGGCAAAUUACGUCCCCAUCGAAUGCCUCGUUCUCGAUCCUCUCACCCUCAUACCCCAAGACGUUGAAGCACAAGCUUGGAUUGAUCCUGAAUGUGGGCUCGCUGGCAUGGCAUGGAUAUCGUCAUUCGCAUGGAAGGCCAUCUGCAAGAAUAGACGGCAUGGAAACAAUACUCUAUAGCAAAGAGCAGCCCUGGACAGAGAAUUGUCGUCAGACUCUGCAAUAUGUCUGGGAUUUCUACGUCCUGCGCAGCCCGUCGCCCAGCCAGAUGUCGUCCCCGCUGCAGUCGAGUGCGGCUCAAGCACAGCUUCUGCGUUUGAAUGCGGUGGAGGAUAGUGCCAGCCUUCCCUGGUCACUCCUCGCUGCACCGCAGCUGUCCAAAGGAAACGGCGUCGACGUGACGGCUACCAAGGGCCGUGCGACAGCUACUCGCCCGUAUGGAACAUUUCUGCCCAAGGCCACUCCUCCGGCGUCCCGCAGCUCAAUCGUCCCCUUUCGUCGACCGAAUCUGACAGAGACCCUUAUCCGAAGCGUGUCUCGCAUGGAUCUUGCGGCGUUGUGCCACAAGUUCAGCCCCGAGAUCAUCGGUCUGGGAAUCUUUCUGCUCGUUCCCGCAGCGGUCUUGGUCGUCGAGUGCAUGGACAGGCUAUACGACUGGUGCACGCCAGAGCGUUUUCCUGAGCGUGGACGCAGCCGGGUUCGCUUGACGGGGGCGGAGAGACAGCUGAGCGCGUUGGCGGCGUGGGAGAGGGAGAAGAUGGUGGAACAGCAUUCGCGGAGGUGGUGGAGACUUGGACGAAGAAAGCGAUGA